AUGAAAAGCGACUUCAACUCUUUUAAGUCAGAGAUACAUUGUAUUGCUCAAAGUGUGCAGGAUCUCACUAAUAAGUGGAGUGACUUGGAGUUGCGCCUCAACAACAUGCAGAUCGCGAUCGACUUGAGAUCGCGGAAGGAAAAACCUGUUAUUAUGGAUUCAAUGAAAGAUUUGGAAAACACUAACCAAUAUCAAGACCAAUUCUCCCGCCUAAACAAUCUUGAGCUGUUUGGGGUUCCCUCACACAGAGGAGAAAACCUCAACAAAAUUCUAGGUGAUCUGUGUAAUGUUGUGGGCUUCACUUUGCUCAACACUGAUGUUGACACUAUACAUCGUGUCCGGCCGUACAACAAUCCUGCCUCUGACGCAACUAAUCUGCCGCUGCGACAUCCUGCCAUCGUGAUCCGCUUCUGCCAGCGCCGGCGCAAGGACGAGCUGCUGGCUGCUAUGCGAGCGCGUCGUGGUCUCACCACGGCGGACCUCGGGAUGCACGGCCCAGCGCUGCCCGUCUACCUCAGCGAUCACCUCACCCCGCAUAACAAGCUCCUCUUGAAACGCGCACGACAGCUUAAAGUGCAGCAUAAUUACUCUUACCUCUGGGUGAGGGACUGUAAGAUAUUUAUGAGAAAAAAUGAUAAAUCAAACAUUAUUCGUAUCUCUAAAGAAACUGAUUUCCAAAAGGUAAAGUGA